GCUAUUUCAGUGUGUGUGUGUGUGUGUGUGUGUGUGUGUGUGUGUGUGUGAGAGAGAGAGAGAGAGAGAGAGAGAGAGAGAGAUUUAUCCAUUCAUCUCUCAGUGGACCUUGAGGUUGUAACAAUGUCUUCACUGUCGUAAAUAAUGCUGCAGUAAACAUGGCAGUGCAGAUACCUCGGUGAGAUCCUGAUUUCAUUUCCUUUGGACAAAUAUCCAGAAGGGGAUUGCCGGAUCAUAUGACAGCUUAGUCUUAAUUUCUCAAGGAACCUCCACACGGUGUUCCACGGUGGCUGCAAAAAUUUGCGUUUCUGCCAGCAGUGCACAGGGGCCCCUCUCUCCACAUCCUCACCAUCACUUGUCUCUUUGAUCGUGGCCAUCCUAACAAGGUGUGAGGUGUGAGGUUGUGGUUUUGAUUUGCAUUUCCCUGGUAAUUUGUGAUGCUGAACACCUUUUCAUAAAACCGGGCCAUUUGUAUGUCUUUUGAGAAAUGUUUAUUCAGGUCCUUUGCCCGUUUUUAAAAUCCGAUUGUUGUUCCCAACCCUUCUCUUCCCUUCCCAGGGGCUCCCGGGAGGCCAUCAAAAGGAUCGCCUAUGAGUUUGUCGAGAUGAAGGCCAAGGAGGGCGUGGUGUAUGUGGAGAGGGGAUCUCACCCCCGACGAGGUGGUGGCUGUGGUGAACCAGGGCCUGCAGGAGGGAGAGCGAGACUUUGGGGUGAAGGUGCGGUCUAUCCUGUGCUGCAUGCGCCACCAGCCCAACUGGUCCCUGGAGGUGGUGGAGCUGUGUAAGAAGUACCAGCAUCAGACUGUGGUGGCCAUUGACCUGGCUGGAGACGAGACCAUCCAAGGGAGCAGUCUCUUCCCAGGACACGUGCAGGCCUACGAGGAGGCCGUGAGGAGCGGCAUUCACCGCACUGUCCAUGCAGGGGAGGCGGGCUCCGCGGAAGUGGUGAGACAGGCCGUGGACACGCUUAAGACGGAGAGGGUGGGACACGGCUACCACACGCUGGAUGACGAGGCCCUUUACACCCGGCUGCGCCGCGAAAACCUGCAUUUUGAGGUCUGCCCCUGGUCCAGCUACCUCACAGGCGCCUGGAAGUCGGACACGGAGCACCCGGUGGUUCGGUUCAAACAUGACCAGGCUAACUACUCACUCAACACGGAUGACCCUCUCAUCUUCAAGUCCACCCUGGAAACCGAUUACCAAAUGACCAAACAGAACAUGGGCUUUACUGAAGAGGAGUUCAAGAGGCUGAACAUCAAUGCGGCAAAGUCCAGUUUCCUCCCGGAAGAUGAGAAGAGGAAGCUUCUUGAUCUGCUCUAUAAAGCCUAUGGGAUGCCAUCUUUGGCUGCUGCAGCAGGGCAGCGUCUCUGAAGACAUCACGGCCACCUCUCCAAGCCCUCACCCUGUGGAUGGAGCCUCCCUGACUCGGGGGCCUGGAAUGACACUCCUACCUUUACUCCUUCAAGGAAGACCAGGGUUCCCAUAGUCAGCUACUGCUGCUCUUGAAGCCUGUGUGCCUGUUUCUGUACACGUGAAAACUUCACGCUAUAUCUCUCCUCGGACUGUGGACCAGAGUCUGGUUGAAUCUGAAACCUUCCUAUGGGGACUCAUGCUGAAAAUCUGGUGCUCAAUAAAGAAGCUAAUGACUA